GUUCUGGCCGCUUCCGACGGUUGCGGUCGGCAGUCGCUGAUGGGAUGGCCAGUCCUCCGGUCGAUUUGCGAUAUUUGGAAAGACCGCUGCAGAGAGUGAGUGGUGACAGUCGGCGGGCGCAAGUUGUCAGUUUUUUGGAAGGACUCUACAGCAGUGUACCUGAAACCCUGCCAGACGUGAAGGAUGACACCAUGGAAAUCACGUUUGAUGGGAGCGGCGCCGCUGACUCAGAAGAUGCGUACGCCGACGCUUUGUCUUUGACCCGAGAUGACCUUACCUCUGUGACUGCUUGGGGAGCCAUGUUCUGGCACGCAGGAGGCAGAUUCAAGAAUACACUGCACACCUUCGUGCCCAAUACCGCGACCGCGUCGAGUACUGGUCAAGACGAGGUGUCCCGAGAUGCGAAGCAAAGAACUGGCAAGCUUCCACAGACCGAGAUGUUGGAACAGAGUGGCGUCCGGUUGUCGGAUUGUGAUCUUCGGAUCCAAUCCGACAACACGGUGGCCAAUACACCCAUGGACUUCCAAAGCAUCCUUGUGGAUUUCUUGGCGAAAGGUUUUAUUGCGGAGGGCCUCCCUGUCACUGUCAAGGGUUUGAACGGGCCGGGCGCGCCCCACUUACUCCAAUUGGAUCGCAGAUGUGACUUAGGUCCGGAACAUGUGGUUCAAGAUCCGUUUUGGCAGUUGGAGCCACGGAAUUCUGACGUGAUCCUUAGGACCAAGCAGUAUCUCUCUGACCGAGACUGGAAGACUUGCCACAACUUUUUCCCCAAGGAAGUGGCAGAGAUCAAGUUGAAACUGGGGGUUCCGGCAGGACUUCUCGACAGGAACCCCAUCGGACAGGACUAUGCAGACCACAUCACAAAGCAUCUUUCAGUUUUGAGGAGCUAUGGACUUCACAAAGCUGCGCAGUACUUGGAGGAAUGGGUCUCAGGUACUACAUCGCAGGAGCCUCUACUCGAUGUAUCUGCGUGCUGCGUUCUGAGUGGCCCUCGAUUCCUCCGCGAGCCCAAGACCUACAACCCAGUGUCGCUGGGUGCAAAUCCAGACCGGAAGAAGGAUGCGGACUCCUACAUUGCCAAUUCCCGCAACCGCAUGAUUGUACAAGCAGCUCGCGUGUCCCGUCAUCGUCAACGCCGCUCCAACGCCACAGAAAUGGAAUACUAUGGGAACCAUUUGAUUUUGAUUGGCGACGACAAUGUCAAGCCCGAAGACCCCCCUCACUGUUGCUUUUUGUUGCCAGAGCUUCCUGAGAACUUGGGGGCAGCUGUAUUGCGCAUCUGCCCCGAGAAGUACAUCGCGUUGAGGGAUGGGAUGAACAAGGUCAGUUUUGAAGCUUCGACAUUCAGGCUGGAGCGAGAAGUCUUACCCGUGGGUGGCCCCGACGUCUUCUUGUCACGGAGGAAGCUGGAGUUUGCAAAGUGGCUCGACCACUCCUUCCCUCCAAGCUCGCACCGGAACUAUGCCGAUAGCUUCCGCCCUGGGCCAGUGUGCCUCCGCCCUUGGCACCUUCACUGGCGGUCUGACUACGGGCUAGCGGGUCACGCAGAUCCAGAGGAGCACCUCAGGUUGUGCGAGUUGAUUUUGACGACUGGCUUCAGGACCGACAGCGACUUGCUUGGCGUGGAGCGUUUGGCGGUGUUCAUGCCUACGGACGAAUGGCUCGAUGGGACGCAGGGCGGCUUGGAGUGCCUGCCACCUUUGGAGCCUGGAAGUUGCUUGGGCUCAAUGUUCUCAAGCUCAAAACAACAUGCAAAGGUCCUCAAGAAUGCUAAAGCGAUGGAAUCUGCAGAAGUGGACCCCUGCCCUGAUUGGAAUAGCGCCAGCAAUGUGGCGAAGGCGUUCGCCAUUGGGGUGAAGGAAGCAACUGCGGUCAGUUGUUUGACCAAGGUCAAUCCGGAAGUCUGCGAGUUGCUCCGUGCCGCCAUUCGCGGCAUGAGGCCGUUUUUGCAACACGACGUGAUAGCAAAAGAAUGCUUCAAUGUCGGAUGGAGCAGCGGGAAAAUCAGCGAGUUCGAAGCGUGGCGCAUCCAGCUUACCAACACAGACGAGCUGGUAGCGCUAUUUGUGGACAGGCUGAUCAAAGACUGGGAUCGUCAGCCAGUGGGACUCAAGAAGAGCUGGGGGUAUCGGGAAGCUGCCCAGCUUCACGCAGUUUGCGGUGCUUUCAUCCAUUACACAAACGUGCUGAAGGCCAAGAUCUCCGAGGAAACCUAUCAGGCUGAACUGCCGGGUCUGAAGGAACAAUUUGCAGGGUCAUUUCUUGACCCAGAGCUUUUGCAUUCGCUGCAAAGUUCAGUGCCUCCUGGCGACAUCAGUAGCAUCAGUGUGCUGAGGGACAUCGUGAAGGCCUCCGAGCAACGACUUUCCCGAGAAGCUGAGCAGUGCAACGAGGAGCUAGAGAAAAAACUCCAUGAAGCCACUUUGCAACAUCUCAAGGCGAAGGUUGAGCAAGAUUUGGAGCUGCUGCGAAAGCGCAUGCCCACCAAGGAGGCAGAGGCUAUAGAGUCUGCGCUUGAUGUCAAGUACGUUAGAGACCGACAGAUGCAAGGCAGCAGCUGGGUGCAAGAGUGGUUGCAGGACAAGUGCAAACUGAACGUUUCGGAUGAGAAAGGUUUGGAGAUGGUGCUCGCAAUUGUGGGGCUGGAUACAACGCUGUGGCCAUCCAACGUGAAGUUGCUGAACGAUGCUGUGAAGAUCACGAGCAAUGUCUUGCACAUGAGCGCGGGCAAUUGUGCCCACAUCCAGCUGCCGCUGUGUCACGCAGCGACAACCCAUGCGACGACGUUGAAGCACAUCAGAAACCUCCAAGAUUUGCUGCUGAACGCCCAGCUGGACAUUUCUUCCGAAGUGGCCCUCAUCUUUACGAAAGACGAUGCUGCCAGAAGUGACAGGCGCAAGACGAUGCAACAGCGCUACUGUGCAACGACUAAGCAGUUCAGGAGCGAGAGUGCCUGGAACAAUUCCAAGGCUGUGCAAGUCAGCCACAUCCCAGGGCUGCAGCUUAUCAAGGUCACUGACAUGCUGGGAUACGACGAUGUCACCAAACCCACUCCAGGGGCGAGGGUCGAGCAGACGCUCAGCCAAGCUAGCCGGCUUUUGGUUUAA